CUCCGAGGAGGGGCGCGCGGGGGCCUGGAGAGGCACCUCCCGCCCGCUUACCCUCCCCUUUUCCUCGCCCGCCCACCCGGCCUGCGCUGCGCGGCUCAGCGCUGCGCUCGGAUUCUAGGAGGGAAGUGCGGCGCUCUGUCCCUGGCGUCCUCAGUCCUGCCCCAGAAGUGGAGAUGCGCGAGAGGCAGGCGAGGGCGCGCAGCUCCUGAGACGCAGCGCUAGCCGGCACCAUGCGCCUGCGGCCGCUGCCCCUCGUCGUGGUCCCAGGCUUGCUGCAGCUGCUAUUUUGUGAUGGUAAAGAGGCUGUACAUGCCACAGAAGGUCUGGAUUGGGAAGACAAAGAUGCCCCAGGGACAUUGGUUGGAAACGUGGUGCACUCAAGGAUCAUCAGUCCUCUGCGCCUGUUUGUUAAACAGUCUCCAGUGCCAAAGCCAGGUCCCAUGGUGUAUGCAGACAGUAUGGAAAACUUUUGGGAUUGGCUGGCCAACAUCACAGAGGUUCAGGAGCCACUAGCGAGAACUAAGCGGCGGCCAAUAGUGAAAACAGGAAAAUUUAAGAAAAUGUUUGGAUGGGGUGACUUUCAUUCCAACAUCAAAACUGUCAAACUCAACCUCCUCAUCACAGGGAAAAUUGUCGACCAUGGAAAUGGAACCUUCAGUGUUUAUUUCCGACAUAAUUCAACAGGCCUGGGCAAUGUUUCAGUGAGUUUGGUACCUCCUUCCAAAGUGGUGGAAUUUGAAGUUUCCCCCCAGUCUACCUUAGAGACCAAGGAAUCCAAAUCUUUCAAUUGUCGCAUUGAGUAUGAAAAAACAGACCGGGCAAAGAAGACCGCCCUGUGCAACUUUGACCCAUCCAAGAUUUGCUACCAGGAGCAGACUCAGAGCCAUGUGUCUUGGUUAUGCUCCAAGCCCUUCAAGGUCAUCUGCAUUUACAUUGCCUUUUACAGUGUUGAUUAUAAACUUGUGCAGAAGGUGUGUCCUGACUACAAUUAUCAUAGCGAGACCCCAUACUUAUCUUCUGGCUGAAUCUGUCCACAAUAAUGAAACUGAAAGACCUAUGUAUUUAAUUAGAAUGAACAAGAAACAAGUCCAGCUUUUCAUAGUAAAGGAUCCCUUUUGUUUCUCUCAGUGAACCAUCAUUUCCUAUCACACUUCCAAAUUAAAAGAAAAAGAAACAUAUUCCAAUGUGAAAUGUGUUUUCUAUCAUAAGUACCUUUAUCUAAAGAGUCAAACUGUUUAUGAAAACCAUCACUUUCAUGUAAGAUGGCUAAGUUCUAGAAAUACUGUUUUCUGUAAAAGCAGCAUCAAUGGUAGCCACAUGGGAAAAAGAAGGAAGUGAAUUACGCAUGUGAUAAACAUUGCUUUUGAAAUGAACCUGCCUUUGAAAUAUAUUUUGGAAAGUUACCUCAAAUUCGGUAAAGAUUUAGUAAAAUACCUAAAAAGAUCAUCUUUGAUAGAUGAAUUGUGUUUCUGACAUUAGGUACUUUUUUAAAAAAAUUGUUCUCUUUCCCCACCUUGGUGCCGGUAUUGAUAUGAGAGAUGCAGGGGUAAAAUUUGUUUCAAAACCUGUGUGUGAAGUUUCAGUGCCACAGUGGAGUAACCUGAACAGGAGUUCAGUGGAAUGUAAUUCAAGCACCUAGCCCUGUGUUGGUCCCCACCUUUAUGAUUCUCACCUGAGUAGUAAUACUGGAAAGCAAAUUAGGUAUGUCCAUUCAACAAUAAUAGAAGACCAUGUUGUCUGUAGAGUCUUUUACCAAUUUCAAUGCUGUGAGAUUAUCAGAUGUGACAAAAUUUGUAUUCAUCCUAGAACUUAGGCUCUUAUUCUAUUCAUUUAAUAGUGUGAUUUUGUAUACAUAUGUAGAACAACUCUGAAAUUGAGCAAAAGUGGUUGAUUCUUAGACUGGAAUGUAAAAAAUAAAAAUGAAAGCUGAGGGAAGAAAUUACAGGAUUGUGGAUUCAUAAUUUCUAACCUCUCAGAUUCAGUUCUCCUUGCAUUUAAUUGUUAGAGAGUGGGAUGAAAUUCUAUGUGGUAAUAAUGAGUUAUAUUUGAACUUUUCUAUAUUAUUAAGUGCUGAUAUCCAAGAUACCUGGCUCACUUGACUUUUGAAAUUACUUCUAAAUUAAUAUCACUCAUAACUGAUGCCCUUUCUGAAUUCCCUGCCAGUUCAGUGGCAACCCUGUGUGGUAGGACUGGAUGAUCACUGGAUUAGCACAGAAAGAGGAUCUGCUUGGCCAGGAAAGAGACUUCUAGAACUUGGGCUUGUGAAAUGACUUGCUAUUGACAAUAGAUGUUAACUUCUUUCCCCCUUCUUAUCUGUAAAAUGUCAGUUAAAGUAAAACAUUCAAUCGUGGACUAAAGGAAGAUAAGUCCUUAGCAACAAAAAUGCCCUUACCACACUGUUCAGAAAGCCAACAGCUCUGUUCUCUAUUUUUACAUCUCCAUUCUCUUCCUGUGUGAUAUCUGCACAGUGUUCGAUUUUGUCUUUUGUAAAAAUUGUACUAGGCUUAGUGUGUGGUAGUAUAGGCUUGAAGUUUUUGCUCUGAGUUCAUCAGGUGCUUUUGUAAUUUUGUGGUCAGUAAGUAAUAUUUUGAGGCAUCUUUUUAUUUUCAUCUAGAAACACAAGUAGAAUACUAUUUAUUGUAAAAUACGUGGGACCCAUAUAUGUAUAUAUACUUAGAAUUUUCUGUGUACAGAGAAAGUGUGUGUACACAUUUCUAUGUAAAUAAAAAGAAU